UUUUACAAAAUGUAAAGAUACUCGAACCAUAUGACCUUAUCCAAGGCACUUCCUCCAUUUGAGCUUCUCAGCGGCACACGUUUCCACUCAAUCGGGGAAAGAGUGCAUCCGAAACUAUGCAGAAAUAGGAAGAAGCGCUGAAAUGAAAACGAAUUUGGCCAAAAGGUCUAUAGUGUGUCUACGUGCCCAUGCCGAAGAAUUGUCGCCCAGAGAAAGCCGAGAAAAAUCUGUCAAACUGCAAGACACUUCAAACGAAAACAUUCUGUGCUCGACGUUCGUGCAGAUCACUACGGAACAUUUAAACUCUAAAAAAAAAAAUAUUAAAAAAAGGGCUGUGAUACAAGUGCUGUAGAUUAUAAUAAUUUUGUAUAUUUAUGAAGUGAGAAUGUCGGCCAUUCUGAGCUGGAAGGUGUUGUUGUGGCUCCUGUUUGGAAUCAUCAGCCUGUCCCAGAGCCUGCCAAGCUUGGAGAAUCAGACGCACGAGGAGGUGAAGCAGCUAAUAGCUUGCAGGCAACCAAAAGCCCCAGGACUGUGUCGUGGCCGACAAUUACGAUAUGCCUACAACAAGGAUACCGGAAACUGCGAAAGUUUCUACUAUACCGGCUGCGCCUCCACUGAAAACAAUUUCCUGACCUUCGAAGAGUGCCGCAGGGACUGCAUGCAGCGGCUACGUUACUGAGCCACCAAAAAAUAAGCCACUAUAGUUUUUACUAAUGCUUAAUAUAUAUAUUUAUCUUUUAUAAAUUGUCAUGAA